AUGUUUCGAACAACACUUGCUCAUGUUACUAGCCUGGUCAAAACCGGCUUCAAGAGCCAGGUCAGAAACCGUCGUAUAAUCGAUGUCGCUGAUGCAAAUAAGGGGCAGCUACGAGAUAUCCCUCGCAAAUCUUUUACACAUAGCCUCGUGCAGUGUGAAAGUCUGAAGGGACUGGAACGACCCAAGCUCUCGACUGUAAGCUGUAAUAGCCAGCGAUACCCAAAUCACUCUAAGCGUCCCGCAUUAUGUGCGAAAGCGCAGUGCCCCAUAUCAAGCUUCAGUACCAGUCAACGUACACGUCCCCGGGUGGAGGGUGCCUCUGGAAGGCGACAACAUCCAUCCAUUCACUUAAACACCAAAAGGCCAUGUACCUCUAGUUCUACAGCUCAGUCGACAACCGAGCAUAUCCAAGAUUCGGAAAAAAUUUCCCACAUCGUCAAAGCCAAACCAGCAACCCCAGCCCUGGACUCGCGCCCUCAGCUACCCAAAGACAACCCAACUCCAAAGUUUGCUCCCGACUCAGGAGCGCACAAGUUCUGGAGUCACCGACUGUACAGAUCGCCAGAUGGAAAGGAGAUCCUUGUACAUUACUGUAAAACCCUAGAAAGCGCCGAAACAAUAUCGAAGAUGUUCUCGGACGAAUCCAUUCUUGGACUCGACAUAGAAUGGAAAGCCAACGCCUCCGCGGCGGAUGGCAUACUAAAGAAUGUAUCGCUAAUUCAGCUUGCGAGUUCGAGGCGAAUCGCACUCUUCCACAUCGCUAUGUUUAGACCAGCGAGGGGUGCGAAAGACCUCGUACCCCCUACUCUGAAACGCAUCCUGGAGUCUCCGGGUAUAACAAAGGCUGGCGUAUCGAUCAAAGCAGACUGCACGCGAUUGCGCAAGUACCUUGGGAUUGAUACGCGCGCCAUCUUUGAACUGAGCCAUUUGUACAAGUUGGUCAAGUACAGCCAGUCUAACCCAGAGCUAAUUAAUAAGAGGACUGUCAAUUUGAGCGCCCAGGUUGAAGAACACUUUGGGAUUCCUCUGGCGAAAGAUGUUGAGGUUCGAUGUAGUGAUUGGGCGUCUGCGCUAGACUAUUCGCAAGUUCACUAUGCUGCGGCUGAUCCAUUCGCAUGCGUGUGUCUGUUCAAUACUAUGAAUGAGAAACGGAUGGCUCUAGAUCCAGUGCCUCCUUUGCCAGCACAUGCUGAGUUGAAUUUACCAAUUCAGAUAGUCCAUGAGACCCCUUUGAAUACUGAGCCUGAGGAAGUUGAGGUUAUCGAGCCGAUAGAUAAUCUACUAGUGGGGACUAAGGAACGUUCCUGA